AUGACGAAAACUCCUCCUGUGCCUGACCCUGUUGAUCCGUGGCAUGCCCCCCUUACCCGCAGCGCACUGACGAUCGCCGACCGACCGACCCAUCAACGGCGCAUCUGGCACUUGGCCCGGCCAGACACCGACUCAUUUGCUCUCAUCGAAGAAGAAACAAAUUUCUACCCCUUCCCAUUAUCUCUGCAUCGCGCGCGUUCGUCUUCAUCCGUGUUGAGUCUGUCACCACAAUACACCGUCUCUGGGCAGGUGACCAUCGGGAGGAAUCGGGCUGACUCAGCCUCACCAGCCCUGGCGGCCCCGUUUACGAGCUUUUUACGAGCCCUGCUCAUUGCGGUCACCGAUCGAUCGGGAUGCCUGACAUCCUUGUGUCUCGGGUUCUUGCUCCCCGAAGGAAGUGAUCGGGAUGACGUGGUGGUCCCGGUUCUCACCGACUGA